CUCCGGUCUCCCAUCCCGGGCAGUGCCCGGGGCCCAUGAGCACCGGUGGGGUCGCAGCAGCUCAACUGACUCCAGGCAGGCGGCCGCAGUUUCUGGACAUGAAAGAAAGGUUAAUGAAAAUAACUGGAGGAUUUUAAGACUUUUUAAAUGAGCUUCAAAUACAAUGAAUGAGGUGAAAGAAUUACUCAGGAACAUCGAACAGACUUACAAACUUUUCCAGCAACAGCAGUUCACUUUUAUUGCCGCCUUGGAGCACUGCCGGGAGAAUGCUCACGACAAGAUCAGACCCAUCUCAAGCAUCGGUCAGGUGCAGAACUACAUGGACCACUAUUGUAACAACAGCACUGACAAUCGGAUCCUUCAUAUGUUCCUAAAACUCUGCACUGAGUUGAGCAAGCUCUGUCAACAAUUUGAGUCCCUGCAUCCUGGCACCCCAGCCAGCAACAACAUCUUGGAGAAAUGCAAAAUCCUUGUCAGCCAAAGCAAUGAUCUGAGCUGCCUUCGGGCAAGAUAUCCGCAUGAUGUGGUCAACCACUUGAGCUGUGAUGAGGCAAGGAAUCACUACGGAGGAGUUGUGAGCCUUAUUCCUGUAACAUUGGACUUAAUGAAAGAAUGGAUAGCCCACUCUGAGAAAUUACCACGAAAAGCAAUUCAGCAUGUGAGUGACCAGGAGGAGGGUGAAAAGAAGAGUUCAGGAGGCAAACUUAGCUGCCAUUCCAUUGCCACAAAGACUUUGGCUAGGAAAGAAAGAAAUAGGGACCCUAAGAAACAUUACAAAUUUAGAGGGAAAAAUGAAAGGAAAGUUUUCAUUCCUCCUUGGAGGCCACCUGGUAGACCUAACCUUUAAAAAUUAAAGCCAAAACAUUUUAAAAUGGUUAAGUUGGGGGUGGUUUCUUAUUUAAUUUGGUAUCCACUAAGUUUUCCACUUCUAUUGCCCCCUGCCCCCAACAGUCUCUGCCAUAUCUUAACUUGAAAAUGGGCGGCCCAGACAGUACUAUAAGCCACUUCCCCUUCCUUUUCCCUCUUACUCCAACUUUUCCCAGCCUAUGAAUCAGGUCACAUACCAACAGAAGAGGGUCUCAACUCAGGUGAGGAAUAAUUAGAACAGGUGGUGUAAUGGAAGGAGCUCAGGACUAGAAGUCAGGGGGCUUAAGUUUAGUCCAGCUUUGCUACUAAGCAGUUAUGUGACCUGCAAAUCACUCUGAGCUUCAGUUGAGGAGGCUCAUUCUAUGAAUAGAUUGGAGGAAAGCAUGAUGAGGGGGGUGGUAUUCAGAAUAAGGGGAACAGGGUGGCUCCACUAAAACUUUACUUUGUGAGCUGCCUCAUCUUGGUCUAAAUUCCUCCCUUCCCAUACAGGUGAACAAGUAGGAAAGCAGGGAGUAAAGUUUUCCCCACCUCCUCCACUUGACAUACCUGGUGAGUCAAAUCACCUGGGUUCUGUUCUCUACUCCAUGCCUACCACGUACCUUUAGUCAAAAGUCACAAUUUUUUUCUGCCUUUAGUUACCUGCCUGUAAAAUGAAGAUGCUCCUUUGCUUCUCACUUUAUAGGAAUGUAUGUGAUAUUUGUUGUGUUGACCUUUUAAAGUGCUUUAAGCUCUUUGGAGUAAAACUAGUAACUGAAUGGGAUCAGUUCCUACUACCUAUUCUCUAUUACUACUACUAUGUCAUAUUAGCAGAUUAACACUGUUUCAGAAUCAUCUGUGGUCCAACAUUUUUUAAAUGUGUUAGCAUCAAGCCCUACCAGUACUGAUAUCUGACUGUUGAUUUUCCCUUUACAGGGGGCUACUUAGCUUCUGUACUCUUGCUUCCUCGGGGGAGACACUCAAGAAUUAAAGUGCUCCACCAGCUA